UUGAACCUGGUCAGUAUAUUUAACCAAAUCAACCUAUUGAACAUGAUCAGCACAUUGAACCAAAUCAACCUAUUGAACAUGAUCAGCACAUUGAACCAAAUCAACCUAUUGAACAUGAUCAGCACAUUGAACCAAAUCAACCUAUUCAACAUGAUCAGCACAAUGAACCAAAUCAACCCAUUGAACAUGAUCAGCACAUUGAAGCAAAUCAACCUAUUGAACAUGAUCAGCACAUUUAACCAAAUCAACCUAUUGAACAUGAUCAGCACAUUGAACCAAAUCAACCUAUUGAACAUGAUCAGCACAUUGAGCCAAAUCAACCAAUUCAACAUGAUCAGCACAUUGAACCAAAUCAACCUAUUGAACAUGAUCAGCACAUUGAGCCAAAUCAACCUAUUAAACAUGAUCAGCACAUUGAACCAAAUCAACCUAUUGAACAUGAUCAGCACAUUGAAUCAAGAAGAUGUCCAUCACUUGUUCCAAACUUUCCUUAAAGUUUUUGUCUGGUUUGAAAUUAUCGAAUGA